AAUUAAUCCAGGAGCGCCUCAAAGUCCAGCCAGCUGGGGACUGACUGUAGCAGACGAGCAAGAGCUGGCAGCAAUGGGGCCCAGAGCUUCAGGGAAUCUGCUCAGGACGGAGAGAGCUCCGCGCUCAGCACUGGGCCCUGAAGUUAGCCUGCAUGCCUACGACAUUGGGGUGGUGGUCACCUACUUUGUCUUUGUCACUGCUGUAGGGAUCUGGUCGUCCAUCCGUGCAAGCCGAGGUACCAUUGGGGGCUAUUUCCUGGCGGGAAGAUCCAUGAGCUGGUGGCCGAUCGGAGCAUCUCUGAUGUCCAGCAAUGUGGGAAGCGGCUUGUUCAUCGGUCUGGCCGGGACAGGGGCUGCUGGAGGCCUUGCUGUGGGAGGCUUUGAGUGGAAUGCAACCUGCCUGAUCCUGGCCCUCGGCUGGAUCUUUGUCCCUGUGUACAUCGCAGCCGGUGUGGUCACGAUGCCUCAGUACCUGAAGAAAAGGUUCGGGGGCCAGAGGAUCCAGAUUUACAUGUCCGUCUUGUCUCUCAUCCUCUACAUCUUCACCAAGAUAUCGACUGACAUCUUCUCCGGAGCCCUCUUCAUCCAGAUAGCCAUGGGUUGGAACCUCUAUCUCUCCACGGUGAUUCUGCUGGUGGUGACAGCUGUCUACACCAUUGCAGGGGGCCUCACAGCAGUGAUCUACACGGAUGCUCUGCAGACAGUGAUCAUGGUUGGGGGAGCCCUGGCCCUUAUGUUUCUGGGUUUUCAGGAGGUGGGCUGGUACCCAGGCCUACAGCAGCGGUACAUGGAGGCCAUCCCCAAUGUCACAGUUCCCAAUACCACCUGUCACCUCCCACGGCCUGAUGCCUUCCACAUGCUUCGGGACCCUGUGAGUGGAGACAUCCCAUGGCCGGGUCUCAUUUUUGGGCUCACAGUGCUGGCCACCUGGUGUUGGUGCACAGACCAGGUCAUUGUACAGAGGUCUCUAUCUGCCAAGAAUCUGUCCCAUGCCAAGGGAGGCUCGGUGCUGGGGGGCUACCUGAAGAUCCUCCCCAUGUUCUUCAUUGUCAUGCCUGGCAUGAUCAGCCGGGCCCUGUACCCAGAUGAGGUGGGCUGUGUGGACCCUGACAUCUGCCAAAGAGUCUGUGGGGCCCGAGUGGGAUGUUCCAAUAUCGCCUACCCCAAGCUGGUCAUGGGUCUCAUGCCCAUUGGUCUGCGGGGCCUGAUGAUUGCCGUGAUCAUGGCGGCCCUCAUGAGUUCCCUCACCUCCAUCUUCAACAGCAGCAGCACCCUGUUCACCAUUGAUGUGUGGCAGCGCUUCCGUAGGAAGGCAACCGAGCAGGAGCUGAUGGUGGUGGGCAGGCUGUUUGUGGUGUUCCUGGUUGUCAUCAGCAUCCUCUGGAUCCCCAUCAUCCAGAGCUCCAACAGUGGGCAGCUCUUUGACUAUAUCCAGGCUGUCACCAGCUACCUGGCUCCACCCAUCACUGCUCUCUUCCUGCUGGCCAUCUUCUGCAAGAGGGUCACAGAGCCUGGAGCCUUCUGGGGCCUCAUGUUUGGCCUGGGAGUGGGGCUUCUGCGCAUGAUCCUGGAGUUCUCAUAUCCAGCCUCAGGCUGCGGUGAGGUGGACAGGAGGCCAGCCGUGCUGAAGGACUUCCACUACCUGUACUUUGCCCUCCUUCUCUGUGGACUCACUGCCAUCGUUAUUGUCACCAUCAGCCUCUGUACAACCCCCAUCCCUGAGGAAAAGCUUGUUCGUCUGACCUGGUGGACAAGGAAUUGCACCCCCCCUGAGCUGGAGAAGGAGGCCUGUGAGAAUGAGGAGGACAGCACACCAGGGCUGGCAGAGGGGGCAGCUGGGGAGUGCCCUGCAGGAGGCGGAGCAGCAGGGGACCUGAUGGAGGAAUUGGAGCAGGUUGGAGCCCCACACAGGUCCUGGGGAAAGCUGCUCUGGGGCUGGUUCUGUGGGCUCUCCAGGGUCCCUGAGCAAGCUCUGAGCCCAGCAGAGAAGGCUGCUCUAGAGCAGAAACUGACCAGCAUCGAGGAGGAGCCAUUGUGGAGAAGCGUCUGCAACAUCAACGCCAUCCUCCUACUGUCCAUCAACAUCUUCCUCUGGGGUUAUUUUGCAUAACUUCACAGACCUGGCUUUGGCCAAGACAGAUUCAACACAGAGACAGGCUCUCCUCUCACCUGCUGUCAAAAGCUGAAGCCACAGGAACCCCUGAAGAGCAUCUAAUCCAACUUCGCUUGGCAAGUGGGGAAACGGAGGCCCAGAGAGAACACUAGGUUUGCCCAGGGCCAGAUAGCAGGAUUCAGUGUGUUUCUGGACUCUUGCUCUCUUUCCAUUACACUGUCUCAUUCCUACCUCAAAAUCACCAUUUCCCCCUCUUGUUGAGUCUACUCAGGAAUCUUCUGUGAGUCUUGAGGUUAGAAAAGGAAAAUACAAGUGGAGUACUAGCAACGAAUUUGCAAAAAGUCAAGUGUCCCUUCACCAUACCUUUUUCUUUUCCCCGUCUAGAGCCCCUAUGUCUCUGUCUAUUCUCAACCCCUGGUAAUCCAUUUGAAACCUGAGUCUACUGAGAAGGGCUUUAUAUUUCCAUUGGUGGCUCCACAGUUGUGGCCGUCAGAUCCAAAGGAGUGAGGGGUGAGGGUGGAAUUUAAACAUGAUGACAGAUGGCUCUGGAGCAGGGAGCUCUUGGAGAAUGGACUCGUCUUGGCAUUAUCACAAUUCAUCUUACUCCUACACUCAAACCUAACCCUGCACAGUUUCCAUGGCUGCUUCAAGGAACUUAAAGUCCAGUUGGAGGGAGGCGAUGUAUUGAAAGAUGGAGAAUCAAGAGACGCUGCUGUGUACCUCGAGGUAGCCCUCAGGGGCAGCACACAGCCCAGAAGCCACCAUCCGUGAGCCUCUGAACCUCUCCCUUUGCCUAACUAGCCUGGAAAAUACCUGACUUGCUUAAGUGCCCCUUCUCCAGGAAACUGCCCCAACUCCCCAGUCAAGAUUGUCCUCAUACUGUCACAACCCCUGGACCUGCUUCUAUCUGGGCACUGGUCACACUGAUUGGUGAUGUCUCCCUCCUUGAUGGUGCACUCCAAGGAUAGGGGCCAAUGGCUAUGCCAAGUGACUUUGUACCCAGAAUAGCAGGUGCCAAUAAAUGCUUAUGGACCUAAUAAA